CUGCAAUCACGGAAGGUAAAAAAAAAGCAGCGAAGAGGAAGAAGUGGUGGCCUAGCAGCAGCAGCGGUUAGUUCAUAACGGCCGCUGUCACCACAACAACGCAAUAACGUAGCUUCAUUAAUUCCUCACCCCUGUUUUCUUAUGACCUUCUUCAGACCCGGAGACCUCUUCCCAUUAUGUUUGAGGAUCCUGAACUCCAAGAUCCGUUGUCACUGACUCUAAAUGAAAACUAUAAUGGCCAGAAUUCGCCACGUCAUGAUUCAAAAAAAGCAUCAGCAAGCCCUGAGUAUGAUUGUGAGACACCAGAGAUUCGAGUCAUCAUCAAAGAGGAAGAGGAAAGCUGGACUGUGAGUGAAAAUCAUGAGGUCUUUAGAUCAGAUGGAGAAAAGGAAGAAACUUCCAUACACUCAUGUCCUCCAGACGACAAAGCAUGCAGGACAGAGAGUUCAAUUUCAUACGGAGUAAAGACACAGCAGGGAGAUUAUUCAGAGGAGAAAUGUUCAGAGGAGACUGGACACUCCGAACUCUGCGGACAGAGCUCCUCUACCAGAGUGGAGCGGCCGACACACAUGCUCACGGACUCGGAAGAAAAACCUAGGAUUUCCUGUAUACAGGGAAAAACGGCAGGAAAUGUGACUGUGCAUCAGUGCAAUAACACAGAGAAACCCUCCUGCUGUGAGACAAACACCAGACACAAAAGGAACAUGAAUACCCGUCAGAGAAAACAUGCUGGGGAGGAGAGUCAAGCGCAGAGCCUGGAUGUAAAUCAAAGCACUUCGACAAAAGAAGCAGAAGAGACGAAAAGAUCAGCACCUUGCCAAACAGAUUCUGCUGAGCAUAGCCCCUUGAAGUCACAGGGACUGAAGAUGGCGUCUACAAACUUAGAGGACCAAACGCUCCAUCUGACUGUCAGACUGCAGGCAGGGGAGGAGGAGGAGGAGGAGGAGGAGGAGGAGGAGGAGGAGGAGGAGGAAAAAGAAGAACAAGAUGAAGAAAUCGGGGGAUUAAUCAACUCUGAUGGAGAAGUGGUGGAAUGGGAUGCCAAAGACAAUCCUGACCGAGGCUGUGAUUGCAGAAAAAGUCCUCAAGCUAGCAAGGGUGUCGUCCCGUCCGAGUCUCACCUGCCAGGCCAAAACCAGAGAGGCAGCAGUAGUCCAACGCUCAUCAUGGAGGUUGUGUCUGUGGGGGAAGAAGAAGAGAGGGAAGAAGGGGAGGAAAGGGAGAGAGUAGUAAAGAUGGCAGCUGUCUCGCCUUUAUAUUGUGGGAAGAGGCACAGAAGAAAGAAGAAGGUUCCAGAAAUAACGGUGGUGUCGUUGGACGUCCCGGACACGGAGAAAGACGUUCCUGCAAGUCCUGUAAAAAGACGGGGCAGAAGAAAAGCUUCACAAACUCCACAGCUGUCUGGUGAGGACCUGGAGGCAGAGCCAGGAAUAUCAAGGCGUACCCGAAGAAAGAGAAAUGUCCCUUCCUACAUCGAAUCAGAAGAAUUUACCCCCAAAACUGCCCGUCGAGUUGCUGCAAAGCGACCUUACAGAAGGAGGAAAGAUACCAAACUAUCUGCUGAAGGAGAAGGAAGACACGCUGGGGUUUCUGCAGGAAAGAAGCGCCCUGGCCGAAAGAUGGUUUGUGUUCCUAUAGAAAUCCCCCCUGACCUCCUGAAGCAGCCCAAAGAGAAGAUGGAGUACCACUGCUCAGUGUGCAGCAAAGAGUUUCCUCAUGCCUACAAACUGGAGAGGCACGAACUGAUCCACACCGGAGAGAAACCGUACUGCUGCUCCAUCUGUGGGCGGGGCUUCAACCAGAAGGGAAACCUGAAAACACACUACAAGGUCCACUUAGGUCGUAAAGGUGCUGUGGAUUUUGACGAAGAGGCGAAUCCGAUAGCGUCAGAACUCUCCGAAUACUUAAAGUCUCUGCCGGGGGAGUCCAGGAUCAGAUCGUCGCUGCGAUGCCUGGAAUGUGGAACAGAGUGUGAGAGUCAUUCGGCUUUACAAGCACAUCACGUUACUAUGCACACAGAAACUCCCGGAGAACCGGACACGGUCGACCAAAGCCCAUCGCAGCUUCUCUUCUGCCGCCGCUGUGGCAUUCAGUUCAGUGAGAAACAAAAGCUGGAAGAGCAUAUGAAAACCCACAUCAAGGCCAAGCCCUACUCCUGUCCCGACUGUGGCAAGAGGUUCAUCAACGAGAGCUACAUACAAAUUCACCAACGCAUCCACACUGGGGAGAAACCGUUCCUCUGCUCCGAGUGCGGCAGAGGUUUCCAUACGGCUUCCUCUCUCAAGCUGCACGAGAUGCAGCACUCCGGCGAGAGGCCCUAUGCAUGCUCCAUCUGCGGGAAGACAUUUCGGAUAAACUCGUACCUAACGGCACAUUACCAAACCCACAUUAAAGACAGACCGUUCAUUUGUAGUGUCUGCGGGAAAGGGCUACUCCAGAGCGGAGGAACUGAAGGUGCACCACAGGCUGCACACUGGGGAAAGACCCUACGAGUGUGGGGAGUGUGGGAAGAGCUUCAUUUACCGCCAGGGUCUGCGGCAGCACCAGCGCACACAUGCUGGGAAACGCAUCGGCCCCACCAGACAGCUCGGCAGACCGAAACAACUGGCCAGGAUGGACAAUUAAGUUGGAAGAUAUCACAGUAAAUUGUGCUUAUUUCCGGUUCUUCUUCCUUCCAUUCCUCCCUCUUAAACAGCAGAGACAAUUACUGUGUUUGAAAAUAUUCGCUACAGGUCGGUGUGGUUGCCAAGAAUCAUUUAAAGGAUUAUUGUGUGGUCUUUCUCGUAUUUUGUACCCAUGCUCUUUUGUUUACUCUUCUCUUGUAGCCCAUCUGUGCAAUUUGAGUGCCUUUGUAUCCUGCAUGCCAAAUACUAAUACUUAAUGUUAAAAGAAUUAUAUCCCUGUUAUUUUAAAAACCAUGUCAAUGGAAUACAGAUUUUUUUUCAGAAACCUCUCUGGGUUGUAUUCUACUUUUUAUAAUGAUGUAUCGUUUAUAUUAUAAAGUUUAUAGGAAGACCAAUUCUCCAACGAAUCAUUUAUGCAUGCAUAACUUCCUGAAGCUAUAAAUCAUGCCAAAUCUUGUUAGUAUAAAAACAUGUAGUUUUAAAACGUUCUUUUUGGCAAUCGUUUAUUUUAUCUUUGCCAAAUAUAUUUACAGUAUAUAUUUGAAGUCUUGUUGGCCAAUGUGAAAAUGCAACAACUGGUUUUGAUUUUAAACAUCACCUGAUGAAUACUG